AUGGACACUCUCCAUCAAAACAACCCAAAUACACAGCUUCCACAUACUGCUACACCACUUACACUUAUGAGUGAAGAAGAAAAAAAAUUAAAAUAUUUUAAGACUCAAUUAUUUCAACCAGAAUUUACUGACGAAGCAUAUUCAAUGAAUAUGACUAACAUAACAAAAUUAGUAUUUGGAAAAAAAGAUCCAGAAACGAGUCUAAUUGAAUCAGCUUUUAAAGAGUAUACUAACACAGUAAACUCAAAUAAACAAAGAUUAGUUAAAAUUGAUAAAAUGAUAUUCACAAUUAGAACUUAUCUUCAUCUUCCUAGCAAAACAGAACAAGACAUUAUCCUUAAAAAAAAAAUAGAAAAAUAUUUAACUAAAAUUAAUGAAAAUAAAGAAGCAAAAGAAUUUAAAUUAAAAUUUGACGAAUAUUCUAAAUUAGUAUCUUGUCAAAAUAUUGGAAAACUUCCUAUUGAACAACAAAAAAAAGUUAUGGAAGCAGUUUCAUUUCUUUGGCCUUAUGAAAGAGAUAGAAGAAAACAAAUUGAAAUAUGGGAAGAAGACAUUGGAAAAAUAUAUUAUUGUUUAUCUAUGGACACAAAUUAUUAUACUAAAAUAGAUUUAAAAGAUCAACUAAAAACAUUAAAACGUAUUUAUGAAAGAUUUUUUACUUCUGAAAAUUAUGAAGAAGAAUAUGAACGUGCUAUUAAUAUGCAAAAGAAAGUUUGGAAUUUAAAUAAUACAACUAAGAAAUAUCUUAUGAAAAUUACUUCUUUACUCUUCUCUAUUAAGUUAAUUCCAAAAGAAUAUAACCAAUUAUUAUUAUCAAUACUAAAAUCAUAUAAACAACGUAUUAAUCAAUUACAUCAUAUUUAUAUAACAUGUAAGAAUCUUGCUCAAUACCAAUGGUCAUUAAUAAGUAAUAGAACUUAUUACGAUGCUCAUUCAGUAUCAACACAACUUUAUAAUUUUCGUAUGUCAUUAAAAGAAAUUAAUAUAGAAUUGACUGAAAUCUAUUAUAAUGUUUGGAGUAUUAAAGAACGUAUUCUUUGUAUUGGUACAUCAAGACAACAUGAUAUAGAAAAUAUAGAAAAGAAAAUUCAAACAUUGAAUGAAGAAUUUGAUGUAUUACAAAAGUCACUUGGAACAAAAUAUAUAGAAGAAAAUAAAAUAUGUAGUGAAGAAAAUAUUCAAAAAACAGUUAUUUUAAAACGUAAAAUUGGACAAAUGCUAUUAAAUACUGAUAAAGUAUUUACCGAUUCUGAUCGUGAAGCAAAAAUUAAAGUUGAAUUAAGUAAUUUGACUUCAAUUGAAAAGGGUUGUAAAAAAAGAUGUGACAUCCUUAAUAAAAUGAUUAAUGGAGAAAAGGAAUUAAAUCCAGUUGAUGAUGUGUCUGUCUUUAUUGAAUAUGAAUUACUUGAUGUAGAAUUUCUUUCUAUUAUGAAGUUUUGUAGAGGAGAUCCAAUCUACAUAGAAAGCUCAAGUGAAAGCUCUGAAAUAUCAAGUGAUUCUGUAAAUUCAAUAAAUGAUAAUGGUGAUGGAUCUGUUAUUAUGGAGAAAAAAGAAAAAAUAACUUCAUCAUCUGAAGAUUCUGAUUCAUCUAUAAAUUGUAAUGAAGAAAGUGGUUCUAUUGUUAUUAAGAAAAAGAAAGAAGAUUUAACUUCAUCAUCUGAAGAUUCUAUUGUUCAAAUUUAA